AGGGCGAUAAGAACACCAGUCCGUUCAAGUCACCCACUCUUGCACAGCAAAGAAGACACUAAAUCUCCCGGGCCCCGUAGUCCAUAUUUGAAUCAAGAAAAGAAACACACCCCGUAUCAUCAAGAUGUCAGGGGAUCAAGCUGAAGACUUUCAGGAGACUUUGGAUACCCUGGUGGGCAUCAGCAGGGCUCAACUUGAUCAUCUGAAUCUCGUGGAGGACAAACAAAAGGCCUUUUUUGAUCAAAUGAUGGAGACCAGGCAGACUGUGACGCACAUUUUAAAAGAUUUGAUUCAGGAAGAGGAGAGUAUGGGCCAGAUGCUUGCUGACAAGGAAGAGGAGAGGAAGCUGCGGGUGAAAGAAAUGCAGAGCCUGGAUGAGGAACUGAGCCAGGUCACUGCCAAGAGUCACAUGAUGGAUGCAGAAUUAGAGGCUCUGCAGAGGGAGUUGGAACAACUGAGGAGCUCGGACAACGAGCUCGCAGCUCUUGAGAAUGAGAUUGAGGACGACACCUCUGAGGUCAUCCCGUCCGCGAUACACGUUGCAAAGCUGUACUCCCUAGUAACCAAGAUCAAGUGGGACUAUGAUACAGAGCCUCACAUCCUUAAAGGAGUGCAUUAUGGGUCAGAUGUAGCAUCUCCAAUCCACAUCAACACUUCUGUGACAUCUCGUAGGGACAUAGCUGACAAGUUAUGGAACUUUGUGAGCAGUGAUUGGUAAAUAAAUGCAUUUCUGCAACUUUUCAGAUCA